AUGCUUGGUGAUUCUUUAUAUGAGGCAGACAGUGAGUUUAAUCCUUUUGCGGAUGCAGUUUCACCCUUAAAUCCGCCAUCUGCCGAUGUGCAGACGCCUACGGAAUCUACGCGCGAGGUUUCAUCAAAUUCCCAGGAUGCAAAUUACAAAAUUCGGGAGGUUUCUUCCCCAGGGAAGCUAGUAAAUUUAAAAUCUCUUCCAUUGGAAACUCUUACGUUAGAUUCAGCUCCCCUGGGGCCAUUAGACCAUUCGAACCCUUCCACUGUGAAUUCUGAAAAUAAUCCUAUAGGAUCUAGUGCCCACGAAUCCCCCACAACUUCUGCGAGAUCAUCAUUUUUGCCAAAUAAUCCUCAUGGUGUGCAUGAUGUUUCUCAUGGGACGCAUAUUUCUGAAGUCAAUCCUUACUCUACAGAGUCUAUGAGCGCAAUCCAAAAGGAAUCACGACAGAAAGAAAAUCUCGAUACCACUUUAGACACGGGGGUCAUGGAUACUUUAUCUCAAUCUUCUGAUCCCUCUCUUGCCCAUACUAUGAUCGGAAAAGACAAAAACAGCCAGGUCGCCGCGGAGCUUGAGGUGCCUGCUCUGCCACCUAUGAGUAUAGACGUACAUGAUCCACAUACAGUAACGGAGCUUGCAAAGUCUCACACUGUAUAUUUGGUAAGUUCACGAAUGGAAAAUGGUUCUACCCAACCCUCUGAAGUUACCGUACAAAGACGGUACAGAGACUUUGAUUGUCUUUAUCAACUUUUGUCUAAUAAUUAUCCUGGGUGUAUAAUUCCUCCUCCUCCUGAAAAGCAAGUGGUUGGUCGAUUAGAUGACGAAGUAGUUGAGCAUCGCAGAUCUGCUUUAGAAAUUAUGCUUCGCAAAAUCUCUUCUCAUCCCCUUUUAAGAAAUGAUUCAUUCUUUGAAAAUUUCUUAAAAGUCGAUUACUUUGACACUAAGUUAACAAACUACGUUACUCCCAUCGAUGCCGUUGCUUCUUCCACUAAUGCUGGUUCAUCCGGUCUGUUUGACUCCUUCACAUCCGCUUUUCAAACAUCUUCUUUACCGAAGUAUGUUGAAGAAGAUCCUUGGCUUGCCGAAACGAAAUUAUCAUUAGAUACUCUUGAAACUCAGCUACGAUCCAUGUACCAUGCUAUAUUGGUGUGUAUAGAUCAGCGCUUGCAAUUUUUAUCUUCCAUCCAUGAUUUUGGAGAAUCUUUAGCAAAUUUGUCCUUAGUUGAUCUUGAUCCUUCUCUUUCCUCCCAACUUGACAGUCUUUCUCAGAUACAGAUAGAGCUUCAGUUUUCUCAAGAAAGAAAGGUAGCGCAGGAUAACUUGACUUUGGGCGUAACUGUUGAAGAAUACAUUCGUAAUAUAGAAAGUGCGAAGAACGCUUAUGCUAGUCGACAAAAGUUAUGGCAAGUAUGGCAAUCUUCUCUACAAUCACUUGCUCGUGUCGAUGCCCAACUAGAUAAAUGUCGGAAGCAAUCCAAAUUUAAUCAAAAGUCUCUUCCUUAUCUAGAAGGUCAAGUUGAAAAAUUCCGGACUAAAUCUUCUCAACUACAGCAACAGUUUGAAAAGUCAACCGCUUUAUUAAAACACGAUUUGAAGCAAUUUUCUAGGAAUAGAGUUGAUGACUUGAAAGCGAGUGUUGAGACGUGGCUUGAAUCAGCAAUUGAGUCGCAAAAAGAGUUGAUUGACAGAUGGGAAUCGUUUCUCGAAUAA